AUGGAGCAGGACAUCCAGGCCUUGCUGGUUCACACAGUGAAGUUGGUUCAGUGUCAAUCUAAUGCACACAUUAUUGGACUUAUUUGCAAACAAUCCUACGUCUUAAAACUAAUAUAUGAAGAGCAACAAGAACGAGAUUUAUCUAAAUCAGUGAAGAGGUGCCAUCAUGGGAGUCGGCAUCCCCACAACAAGCACCGAAAGGUUCGGCGCAAGGAGCCCAAGAGUCAGGACAUCUACCUGAGACUGUUGGUCAAGCUGUACAGAUUUCUGGCCAGACGAACCAACUCUACCUUUAACCAAGUCGUGCUGAAGAGGUUGUUCAUGAGUCGCACCAACCGGCCACCUCUGUCCCUUUCCCGGAUGAUCCGGAAGAUGAAGCUGCCUGGCCGGGAAAACGAAACAGCUGUGGUCGUAGGGACCAUAACUGACGACACGCAUGUCCAGGAGGUGCCCAAACUGAAGGUGUGCACACUGCGUGUGAGCAGCCGUGCCCGGAGCCGCGUCCUCAAGGCUGGAGGCAAGAUCCCCCCCUUCGACCAGUUGGCCCUAGACUCCCCCAAGGGCUGUGGCACCGUCUUGCUCUCUGGUCCACGCAAGGGCCGAGAGGUGUACAGGCAUUUUGGCAAGGCCCCGGGAACCCCGCACAGCCACACCAAACCCUACGUGAGAUCCAAGGGCCGGAAGUUCGAGCACGCCAGAGGCCGCAGGGCCAGCCGCAGCUGCAAAAACUAACCCCAGGUCCUUCCUUGUUAUUAAAGGUUU